GAUAUAUUGAAUUCUUUUCACCUGUGUGCUGUACCUAUUUACUGGCUGUUUUUGGGUUUUAUGGGAAAACAUGAAACAGUCCUUACCAGGAAACGUGUUUUUUUAAACUGAAAGUGUGAAACACUCAUGUUUGAAAAAGGAAGAGCAAUUUGGGGCAAGAAACGUGUAUGCUAUGGUUAACUGGUCCCCAUUCUCCGAUCAUUUGUUUUCCCACUGUGUGAAACUCCUUCAGCAUAGGGAUAAAGGAUAGCGACUCUAUGGAUAUACAGAAUUUUUCACCAUGGUAAAACUCGCUAACCCGCUGUACACGGAGUGGAUUUUGGAGGCAAUUAAAAAGGUCAAGAAGCAGAAACAACGUCCUUCGGAAGAGAGGAUAUGCAAUGCCGUGUCUUCGUCCCACGGUUUGGACCGCAAAACUGUUCUGGAACAGUUGGAACUGAGUGUUAAAGAUGGAACCAUCUUAAAAGUUUCCAAUAAAGGACUUAAUUCCUAUAAGGAUCCUGAUAACCCUGGGCGAAUAGCACUUCCUAAACCACGGAAUCAUGGAAAGUUGGAUGGCAAACCAAACGUGGACUGGAAUAAACUGAUUAAACGAGCAGUUGAUGGCUUGGCAGAGUCCAGUGGCUCAUCACUGAAGAACAUUGAGCGCUUUUUGAAAGGGCAGAAAGAUGUGUCAGCUUUGUUUGCAAACAGUGCUCCUUCUGCCUUUCACCAGCAAUUGCGUUUGGCUGUCAAGCGUGCUGUUGGCCAUGGUCGGCUCCUUAAAGAUGGACCUCUGUACCAGCUUAAUACGAAAACAGCUACAAAUGCUGAUGGGAAGGAGAGCUCUGAGUCUCUUUCUUGUCUUCCUCCCGUAUCUCUCCUUCCACAUGAAAAAGAUAAGCCAGUUGCUGAACCAAUCCCAAUCUGCAGUUUCUGCCUUGGUACAAAAGAACAAAACCGAGAAAAGAAGGCCGAGGAGCUCAUCUCAUGUGCUGACUGCGGCAAUAGUGGUCAUCCAUCCUGCUUGAAGUUUUCCCCAGAGUUGACGGUUCGGGUGAAGGCCUUACGAUGGCAGUGCAUUGAGUGCAAAACGUGCAGUUCCUGUCGAGACCAGGGCAAAAAUGCUGACAAUAUGCUGUUUUGUGACUCAUGCGACCGGGGCUUCCACAUGGAGUGUUGUGACCCUCCUUUGACCAGGAUGCCAAAAGGCAUGUGGAUAUGUCAGAUAUGUCGGCCCCGUAGAAAAGGAAGAAAACUUCUAUAUAAGAAAGCAGCACAGAUUAAGCGGCGAUAUGCCAACCCAAUAGGACGACCCAAAAACCGAUUAAAGAACCAAAAUGCAACAUCAAAGGGUCCCUUCAGCAAAGUCCAGACGGGACCGGGCCGAGGUCGUAAGCGGAAAACUCCCUUGUCCAGCCAGUCGGUUUGCUCUUCGGAAGGGAGUUACCUGGAGCAUGUUGACGGCCUGGAGUUCUGCCGCGAUGCCAGCACCACCUUGAAGUUCAACAAGAAAACCAAAGGGCUAAUUGACGGCCUCACCAAAUUCUUCACCCCGUCCCCUGAUGGGCGUAAAGCUCGAGGAGAAGUGGUGGACUACUCUCAGCAAUAUAGGAUCAGAAGAAAGGACAAUAGGAAAUCAAGCACUUCGGACUGGCCCACAGACAAUCAGGAUGGCUGGGAUGGAAAGCAAGAGAACGAGGAAUGGCUCCUCGGAGGCCCAGACGUCAUGGCUGAAAAGGAAAUGGAGUUGUUCAGAGACAUCCAGGAGCAAGCACUGCAGAAAGUGGGGGUGACCGGAGCCCCCGACCCACAAGUCCGCUGUCCAUCUGUCAUUGAAUUUGGGAAAUAUGAAAUCCACACUUGGUAUUCCUCGCCAUACCCACAAGAGUAUUCCAGGCUGCCUAAGCUCUACAUUUGUGAAUUCUGUCUCAAGUACAUGAAAAGCAGGACUAUCCUGCAGCAGCACAUGAAGAAAUGUGGUUGGUUCCAUCCCCCGGCAAAUGAAAUUUACAGGAAGAGCAAUGUUUCUGUCUUUGAGGUGGAUGGGAACGUCAGCACCAUUUACUGCCAGAACUUGUGUCUAUUGGCAAAGCUCUUCCUGGAUCACAAGACACUCUACUAUGACGUGGAGCCAUUUCUUUUCUAUGUGCUGACGCAGAACGAUGUGAAGGGCUGCCAUCUCGUUGGCUACUUCUCUAAGGAGAAGCACUGCCAGCAGAAAUACAACGUUUCCUGCAUAAUGAUUCUUCCCCAAUACCAGCGCAAGGGCUAUGGCAGAUUUCUCAUCGAUUUCAGUUAUCUCCUCUCCAAACGUGAAGGCCAAGCGGGAUCCCCAGAGAAGCCGUUAUCUGAUUUGGGCCGCCUCUCCUACAUGGCGUACUGGAAAAGUGUAAUCUUGGAGUGCCUUUAUCAUCAAAACGACAAGCAGAUCAGCAUCAAGAAGCUCAGCAAACUGACAGGCAUCUGCCCUCAGGACAUCACUUCCACUCUGCACCACCUGAGGAUGCUGGACUUCCGCCACGACCAAUUUGUGAUUGUUCGGCGGGAGAAACUCAUCCAAGACCACAUGGUGAAGCUGAAACAGAACCACCGGCCUGUCACUGUGGAUCCCGAAUGUCUACGCUGGACUCCUGUCAUUGUUUCAAACUCUGUGGUUUCAGAGGAUGAAGAAGAAGAACCUGAUGACGGGGACAAUGAGGAUCAGCAUCAGCCAAAGGAGAGAGAAAUAGAGGUGAUCAAGUCUAUGUCCUGGGAAAGAAAAGAACGAGAAGUGUCUUGCUUCCCUCUGGAGAUUGAAAAAAAGGCAGAACCCGCCCCUCCCGCCAACCCUGGUCGGCACAACAAGCCAAGUCUUCCCCUGGCCGGUCUUCCCGCAAACAGCCAGGCACCGCGGAGGGGCCGGUGGAGCCGGAAGAACAACCGGAAGCAACGGGAGGCCUUUGCUAAGAAGGACUCCAAACCCCACUUAGAAGAGAAAUCGGCCAUGGCCAGAGGGGGCCGCUGCGGGGAGUGCCAGGAAAAGGCUGCCGCCGCUGCUGCCGCCGCCGCCGCUACUGCUGCCGCCGCCUCUCGAGGGAGAUUUGGAGAGAGUGAAGAGAAGACCACUUCUGCUGCUGCCCAGGGACAGUGCGGCAAGUGCGAGGAGAAGGCCCCUUCUCACCGCGGGCACUUUGGCAAAGAUGAGGAGAAGCCCGCCGUCUCCCAAGGACAAUAUGGGAAAGGAGAAAAGCCCUCGGCGACCCAGAGGCGUUACAGCGACACCAUGGAGACCUGGAGAGGGCAGCUGAAAACCCACGAGCCCCUCAAGAGCAGCAGGGUCGCCCAGGAGUGCGGGAGGAUACCCCGGCGGCACAGCACUCCCAGCGAGAGGGCCCUGCCCAGGCACUUCAGCGAGAGCAGCGAAGAGGAAGAGGAGGAGGAGGAGGAGCCCGCCUCCCCCUGCUCCAGCUCCCCUCCGGUGCUCACCAAACCCACGCUGAAGCGAAAGAAGCCCAUCCCUCGAAAGCGGCGGGUCCGGAAGCGCAAGUACCACAACAGCAGCGUGGUGACGGAAACCAUCUCUGAGACGACCGAGGUUCUGGAUGAGCCCUUUGAAGACUCUGACUCGGAGAGGCCCAUGCCUCAGCUGGAGCCCACCUUCGAGAUGGAGGACGAGGAGGACGAGGAAGAAGAAGAGAGCGAGCCGUUCUCCCGGGGGUACCUUCGGCACCUCUCUCCCCAGGACUCCCACAGGCACCGGCCCUCCUCCAAGCGGGCGUCCCAGGCUGAGGAGGACUCAGAUGAGGCCGCUGGUUCUCCCACCUUGAAACCAGUCACCAUGCUGAGAAAAUGUGAGGCAAAAGAUUCUCCGCUCCAGCCGGACACCUCCACGCCCAUGAAAAAGAAGAAGGGUUGGCCCAAGGGCAAAAGCCGGAAGCCCAUCCACUGGAAGAAAAGGCCCGGACGCAAGCCGGGAUUCAAGCCGAAGAGGGGGAAGGUCCCAGCCCCUUCCCCAGAAGAGGAGUCAGAUCCCGUGGAGGCCACGCCGAAACCCGGGCGCAAACCCAAAGCGCAGGAGAAGGAAGAGCCUGUUGAGCAGAAGGAAGAACUGCCUGUUGCAGAGGAGGGGAAAGAAGAAGACGCGUCUACCGAAGCUGGGGAUCUGGGGGAAGGGGAGGAAGAGGAAGAGGAAGACGCACCUGCCAGCGAAGCCCGAGUGGCAUCUCCUUUAGGAAGCAGCAAAAGCCCGGCCGCAGAAGUGAAAGAACCCGAGAUGGAGGAGGAAGCAGAGAAGCCGCCGGUCCUGGAAGAGCAAAGACAGUCCGAGGAAGAGAAUCCAGAGAUGGAGGAACCUGAGCGUGAACAAGAGGAGGAGGAGGAGGAGGCGGCAGCUGCAGCGGCCAACGAGAAUGAAGACCACGAUGCUGAUGACGAAGAAGAUGAUGGCCACAUGGAAUCCACCAAGAAGAGUGAGUUGGAAGAGCAGACAGCGAAAGAGGAGUUGAAGGAAGAACCAGAUGCCCAGGAGCCUUUUUUAGAGCCAAGCACCCAGGAUGGUAGGGAGGAGGAUGUGAAGAGCAAGAGUGAGGGAGAGGCAGACUCCGAGGAAGAGCAGGCAUCCCACGAGACGUCUGUGGGGUCCGAACCUGCUCCUGCCUCCGAAGACGACCAAGAGGAAGAGCAGCAGGCGAAGGAAGGGCUGGUUGAGCUCAAGGAAGAGGAGCCAAUCCCUCACAGCGAACUGGACCUUGAGACCGUCCAGGCAGUGCAGUCCUUGACGCAAGAGGAAGAGAACCACGACCAUGAGGUGGCCUACCAGGACUGCGAGGAGACCCUGGCCGCCUGCCAGAACCUGCAGAGCUACACCAACGCGGAAGAGGAUCCUCCGAUGUCGAUGGUCGAAGACUGCCAGGCCUCGGAGCACAACAGCCCCAUCUCCUCGGUCCAGUCUCACCCCAGCCAGUCCGUGCGCUCGGUCAGCAGCCCCAGUGUGCCCAGCGCUCUGGAGAGCAGCUACACCCAGAUCAGCCCCGAGCAAGGCUCUCUUUCCGCGCCUUCUAUGCAGAACAUGGAGACCAGCCCCAUGAUGGAUGUGCCUUCCGUAUCGGACCAUUCCCAGCAGGUGGUGGACAGCGGCUUCAGCGACCUGGGCAGCAUCGAGAGCACCACGGAGAACUACGAGAACCCCAGCAGCUACGACUCCACCAUGGGGGGCAGCAUUUGCGGCAACAACUCCUCGCAGAGCAGCUGCUCCUACGGCGGGCUCUCCUCCUCCAGCAGCCUCACCCAGAACAGCUGCGUGGUCACCCAGCAGAUCGCCAGCAUGGGCAACAGCUGCAGCAUGAUGCCCCAGGGCAGCGUCCCGCCCGCCACUAACUGCAAUAUUAAGUCUCCCCAGAGCUGCGUGGUUGAAAGGCCGCCGAGUAACCAGCAGCCGGCGGCACAGCCCUCUCAGCCGCAGGCUCAAGCUCAGCAGCCACAGCCACCACCUCCUUCACAGCAGCAGCAGCAGCAACAACAACAGCAGCAGCAGCAACAACAACAACAGCAGCAACAGCAGCAGCAGCAACAACAACAACAACAACAACCACCGUUGUCUCAAUGUAGCAUGAACAACAGUUUCACCCCAGCACCGAUGAUUAUGGAAAUCCCUGAAUCCGGCAGCACCGGCAACAUCAGCAUCUAUGAGAGGAUUCCCGGAGACUUUGGUGCCGGUGGCUACUCCCAGCCCUCUGCCACCUUUAGCUUAGCCAAGUUGCAGCAGCUGACCAACACCAUAAUGGACCCCCAUGCCAUGCCUUACAGCCAUUCUCCUGCGGUGACUUCCUAUGCAACCAGCGUGUCUUUGUCCAACACCGGCCUGGCUCAGUUGGCCCCGUCUCACCCCCUGGCCGGGGCGCCCCAAGCACAAGCCACCAUGACGCCCCCGCCCAACCUGGCCUCCACCACCAUGAACCUCACCUCGCCCCUCCUCCAGUGCAACAUGUCCACCACCAACAUCGGCAUUCCCCACACCCAGCGGCUGCAGGGGCAGAUGCCGGUCAAGGGGCACAUUUCCAUCCGCUCCAAGUCGGCCCCGCUGCCCGCAGCCACCGCCCACCAGCAGCAGCUCUACGGCCGCAGCCCUCCCGCCGUGGCCAUGCAGGCCAGCCCCCGGGCCUUGGCCGUCCAGCGGGGCAUGAACAUGGGGGUGAACCUGAUGUCGACCGCCCCGUACAACGUCAACUCCAUGAAUAUGAACACCCUGAACGCGAUGAACAGCUACCGGAUGACCCAGCCCAUGAUGAACAGCAGCUACCAUAGCAACCCUGCCUACAUGAACCAGACGGCCCAAUAUCCUAUGCAGAUGCAAAUGGGAAUGAUGGGGAGCCAAGCCUAUCCCCAGCAGCCUAUGCAGCCAAACCCUCAUGGGAACAUGAUGUACACUGGCCCCUCGCAUCACAGCUACAUGAAUGCUGCCGGGGUGCCCAAGCAGUCGCUCAACGGACCCUACAUGAGAAGAUGAGCGAGCAGACCUGGCCAGCGCUUUCGAAACUCACACACAACCAAGAGACACGCAGACACAAACCUCACAGGAAAAACAAAAUCAUAACGAACUGAAAUCCCUAUAAAUAAAGGAACCUUUUAUACUGACAAAGCAGACGAUGGACCUUUUUCCAGUUAAAUAUUGCUGUAGAUUUUAGAUGGGGUUUUGUUCCCUUUGGUUUCUUUUGUUCUAUUAUUAUUAUUAUAAUUAUUAUUAUUAUGAUAAUUAUUAUUAUUGUUAUUAUUUUUAGGGGGCCUGGUCUCUAUUCUUUUCACGUUUUGUGGGGUUUCUCUUGUGUUGAUGGGUCUUCGUUUUCCUCCGCAGUACCUGGAACGCUUCACUCAGUCCAAAGCCAUUUUUAAAAUGGGCUACGGUCUUUCUUCCUUCCCCCUCCCCUCUCCCCUUCGGUUUGGUUUCAGGGAGGGGAUGAUGGAGUAUGUGCACAAGGCCUUUCCGUAGCUGGACACAGAGCCUGACUUUGCUGGCCACCUGCGCAGCGCGAGGACAUGUCCAACGGCCACAUCCCUCCCUCCCUCUCCCCUUGGGCACAGCUCUUAAGAUGGCCUGAUCUCUAAAGGCUCCUGUCUUCCCCUUCUGAGUCUUAUUUCAGGUCUGUCGUGGGACAUGCGGUGCCCAUAUAGCGCCCAAAGCAAACUCUCUGACCCUCUUUGACCACCUCUCUCUCUCCCUUCCUGCUUGACUCUCCUCUAGCAAUCGGAACGGUUUAUUUCCUUGCACCCAUACACACACCCUUCAAAUAUAUUUAAGCGUAGCUUCUAAAAGGUGUACUCAUGCAUACUCUAGACAGAUACGGUUAGCUGCGGCACCUUAAGGGAGAGCUAUGCAGACAUUGUUUUGCCAGGGACCCCAUGGAGCGCCAUCAGGAAUCUGACAGGCGAACCUUGCCAGCCGGGAUGCCCAGGGUGCAGCUUGAAGGCCCUUGUUAGCCAGAGUAAACAUUACGACCGCUUUGGGCUUCUCGUGGUUCGCCUCUCCCUGUUUGGGAGAGAGUGUGUGGCCCUGUCAGCCCUUUCCCUUCUCCUGAGGAGCAUUGCGGGACUCCAGGCGUUCCCUCGGCCACAUCUUUACGUGCCCAGACGGGAUAGAGGAGGGAACGCCAGGGAUGCUCUCACUGCAAUAUCCAGUCUCCCAGAGCUAUGUGGUUGAAAGGCCAUUGGCCAACGGUUGGCCUUGUUAGCUGGAGUGAACACUGCAACCGCUUUGGGCUUCUCGCGGUUUGUCUCUCCUUGUUGACAUGUUUUGGAGAGAUAGCAUGGCCCUGUCAGUCCUUUCCCAUCUCCUGGGGAGCAUUGCAGGACUCCAGGCGUGUUCUUGGCCUUGUCUGUGCGUGUCUUUGUGUGCCCGGAAGGGAUAGAGGAGGAAACGCCGGGGAGGCUCCCACUGCAAUAUCUAGUCUCCCCAGAGCCAUGUGGUUGAAAGGUCAUCGGCCAACGGUUGGCCUUUUUAGCCGGAGUGAACACUGCCACCACUUUGGGCUUCUCACGGUUUGUCUCUCCUUGUUGACACAUUUUGAAGAGAUAGGGUGGCCCUGACAGUCCUUUCCCAUCUCCUGGGGGGCAUUGCAGGACUCCAGACGUGUUCUUGGCCUUGUCUGUGCGUGUCUUUGCGUGCCCGGAAGGGAUAGAGGCGGGAACGUCGGGGAGGCUCUCACUGCAAUAUCCAAUCCCCCAGAGCUAUGUGGUUGAAAGGCCAUCGGCCAAUGUUUGGCCUUUUUAGCCGGAGGGAACACUGCAACCACUUUGGGCUUCUUGCGGUUUGUCUCUCCUUGUUGACACGUUUUGGAGAGAUAGGGUGGCCCUGUCAGCCCUUUCCCAUCUCCUGGGGGGCAUUGCAGGAGUCCAGGCAUGCUCUUGGCCUUGUCUGUGCGUGUCUUUGCGUGCCCGGAGGGGAUAGAGGCGGGAAUGUCGGGGAGGCACUCACUACAAUAUCUAGUCUCCCCAGAGCUGUGUGAUUGAAAGGCCAAUGGUUGGUCAGCGGUUGGUCAGCAGUCCAACCCUCCACAGCCUACCACCGCCAGCUAAGGUAACAUAACACACCAGGAGGAGGGAAACGUUGCUUGUCCUGAUGUAAAGUUCUCUCUGUAUAUUCUUGUAGAGCUACAGAUGCACUUAGAGUGACUUAGAUGUGUAAAGACAUUUCUACUUCUCCUACUUCUGCAAAGAAACCUUAAAGGCCGUUGUGGAGGGAGAGAGGGAGGAGGAGGAAGAGGGUUCAGCUGCACUAGGAAACAAAACAAAGGACUUCCUCUGUACUAUCGAAUAUCUUGAAAUAAAAUUUAACAAAAGAUAGAAUCCCAAGGGCUUCCAGCCCGCGUUUUCUCUUAGUUCUUGAGCAUGUGUACAAGGCUGAGGGUAGGACCCGCGGACCCACGUCCCUGUAUAUAUAUAUAGAUAUAUAUCUACGAACCUGUCGUGCGCCAGAAAGGUGUUGCUCUCCUCCUCCUCCUUCUCCUUCCCGGAGGGAGACCCAUUGCAUUGGCGCCACUUCCGUGGGGCAGGUUUGUCAGGUGUCGAAAGCGAAGCUGUUGGCACAAGGGCCGUGAAUUUUUUUUUUUUAGUUUUGUCUGCUGUUUACCCUUUUUUCCCAGUUUUUUGGGGGGUCUUUUUUGUAUGUUUUUGUUUUGUUUUUAAGUCAAAUCGGGCAGCUCCCCUUUCCCCCCACAAACCUUUGUGACUGUAGAGCUAUUGUAGAGAACCGGCGUUCUUUUUCUAUAUUAUUAUUAUAAAAAAAAAGAAAGUAAAAAGAAGUCUCUCCGACACAGUAAUAUUGGUACCUUGUCAUUUUUUUUCCACUUCCGUUUAAGAAGAAAAAAUAAUAAUUAAUAAUAAUAAUGUAUUUUUAGCAAAAAUAAAACUUGGGUAAUCUAAAAGAAAUUAAAAAAAAAUCUCACUGUUAGUGACUUUGAUGCCUUUUAAAGAAAAAAAAGAGCUUUUUUCAUUUCAUUCCAUCUUUAAAAUUUUUUAUCUUUGUUGUAGAAUAUUAAAGACUAUUUUAAGAAAGAUGAAAAUUCUCUUUAAAGAGAUCUCUAGAGUGUGUGACUAGAGCUCCAGAUGCCUCUAAAGCCGCAUGUACAAAAUGAAGCCGCGCGUCUAUUCCUGUCUGUUUAUAUUUGCUUUUCCUGUUUUGUAACUUCUUUGUACUUUGUUCUUGGUGACUUGUAAGCUUCAAAGGGGAAGGGGUGCCUGGGUGAAAGACACAACACAACACAACAAAAACCAACAAAACCCUUUGUAAUUCUCCACGUCGUCAUGCGCUCCCGGCCGGCCGGCCUCCCUUCCUCCCUUUGUAUGUAAGAUCACUUCCUCCCUCCCUCCCUCCCCCCUUUCUAGCAAGUACUUUCAAAAGAACUCUGUACAUUUUAACAUAAAAAAAUAAAUUAUGUUGAGCCAUU